AUGUCCCAGUUACUAGUACUAUAUUGUCUAUCCUCGCUGUUAAAUGCCGUCCAGUUCGUGCAGAUGUCAACCUUCGGGUACAUGUGCAAGAGUGUGCAUGUCUCCGACCUACAUCAAGGUUAUGUGAAGACAUACUUUAUUGGACUGCAACUGAUUGGUACCCCUCUGAUCGGAGUACUAGUCUCCAAACUAGGCCUCAAACUUGCACUUAUAAUAACCUUCUUGAGCACGGCGGCGUCCUGCUUCUUCUUGGCUAUAUCUCAGGUAUGUUACAGUAACACAACAUUGCUUUUACACCGGUUUGAAGUGUAAUAUAUUAGUUAUGUAGUAUAAUCUUAAAUUGAUACAGUUAGAGAGGACUAACUUAUGAGACAAAGAAAGAAUGUCAUACCAAAGCUAAUUAAUACCUAAAACAAUAUAAUUUCAGGGACUUUUCCUAAUCAUCGUAUCUCAAUCUUUUGGUAUCUUAAUGGUGGGUCAUCAGGCCUUCCAAACAGCCAUAGCUCACUCGACCAAGCCAGGCCCAGAAAGGACGUCAGCCUUCUCUAAGCUCGGCCUUUCAUUUGGUAAGAUUACUAUCAAAGGUGACUAACAUUACAUUACUAGAUUAAAAUGAUAUAACAGUACUAAACAGUAUCAUAAUUCAAGUUAAACUCAAAUAAGAUAACUUAAAAUACAAAUAAAGGUUGAUGCUUUAGCUGAUAGGUCAAGAUGUUUUAAGCAAGGUUACAGUAAGCGUAUUUUAGGAGCCGGCUUUGUCUUAACACCAAUUAUCACAAAGUUGUCAACCUUGAUACUAGGCCAAUCUGGCCCUCUCUUAAUGGGAGCUGCCAUCUGUGUCCUUACCCUGCCUCUACUUUUAACUGUCAGGGAUGCUCAUGUAAGUAUACUGUACCUACUACGUUACAAUACCAUAGAAAAACAAAAUUUUUGGAUUUCUCAUGCUAAAGUAGUAUGUUUUGCUAUGUAACAAACCUAUUCCUGUGUAACAAAGUUAAUAUUUCAGCCAGAAGAAUCAGAAGACCCAAAAGAAAAGAAGCCCUUAGGCUCUGGCGUCGAUAUUAUCAUGAAGGAUCCAGUGUUAAGAAACCUCUUCCUCACCAAACUACUAGUCACUUGUCCUGCUUAUGUUAUCUUUGGUACUCUACAGGUAAGCCAAAUAAAGCUCUUGCCAUUUUAAAAGUAGGACCAGUAUUACGCUAUCUACUUUAAUGGUAACAGUAAGAUAAUAUCCUUCAGCUCCAUCUGAUAAACACUUUUGGAAUGACACAAACCCAAGAUUCCUUUAUGCAAUUGGAGAUCGGCAUGGGAAUCAUGUUUGCCAACUCCAUCGGCCAGAUGGUGCUGUCCAAGUUCUUCAAGGAGAACCAGCUGAUCAAGUACAGUGCUAUCGCAGCGGUAAGAUACUAUAAUCUAAUAUACAAGAACAUUGUCACUAAUCUUAAAUAAUCACAAAAGUUAUAAGAGCUGAAGUAUAUAGUUUCUGAUUCCAACUAUACUUUCAGGUGCUGUGCUACAGUGGCUUCAUGUACCUCAAGUUCUUCUGGCUCAUCUUCCCCCUCCUGUUCAUCUUGAUCCAGACCAUUACCUUUGUCAACAACGCGUCUGAUUCCAUGAUGACUACACGGAUCAAGAGCGAACAGCAGGUAAGCAAGUUAUCCUUUCAUAUACAGUAUUAGUCUCUUCAAAUCCAAUACUAAAACCAUCCUUAUAGGGCCUGAUCCUUGGCCUAGCCAACUCGGCCAUAGCCUUUGUCAGAGCAGCUGCUCCAACAUUCUCAGUUCUUAUCAUAGAACAGUUCGGAUUCGGAUUUCUAGGGCUGAUCGGAGUUGUGAGUGCUAGCACUGGUGUCCUGCUAAGCAAUACCACACCCGACUAUCAAAAACUAGACUAA